AUGAAUUCUGAAUCAUCUUCUCAUUCUCGGUCCGACGAGGAGAUAUCUCAUUCUUCUUCCGAAGAGAAGGUACCUCCCGCUCCCACCGGAUGGGAUGUCGCGGGUUUCGCCAACAACCCAGUCAACAACUAUAUCUCUCGUUUCAUACAAAGCGAGCUUGCUCGAAUGCAGCAGCCACCCCAACGGCCAAUCCGCAGGCGGCGCCGAUACAUCCCCCGCGACCACGCUGGUGGGCACGAUCGGCUGUUCGCCGAUUGUUUUGCUGAGGAACCUCGUUAUCCGGCAGAUGUAUUUCGUCGCCGAUUCAGAAUGCGCCGCUCCCUCUUCCUGCGCAUUGUUAAUGCGUUGUCCGCGCGUUACCCCGAGUUUUGGCUCCAGCGAGAAGCCACAGGGAAGCCCGGUCUAUCGCCCCUGCAGAAAUGCACUGUUGCCAUCCGACAAUUGGCAUAUGGAGGGUCCGCCGACAUGUUCGAUGAGUAUCUGCAAUGCGGCGAGACGACUGGCAACGAGUGCCUGAAGAAUUUUUGUCGGGGCGUGCGAGAGAUAUUUGGGGAGCACUACCUUCGCUCGCCGGAUGCAGCUGGACUGCGCGCUUCUGCUGGAUUGGCACUUUGGAGGAGCCACGGCUUUCCGGGGAUGCUCGGCUAA